AGGAAAAAAGAAAUAACACUCUGAGGGGAAAUUAUUGCCUAUCAAGGUGGCCAUAAUUUCAGUGUCCUGGGGCAUGUCGGUGGCUGGGAAGCAGUCCUGUGGCCAGUCUUUGGAGGUCACUGAAAGGCAUUGGUCUGAGUGGCUGCAUCAGGAAAGACAUGCAUCAUCAGCCAGAGGGCUGUUGGUACCUGUAUGUGACAAGCUGAUGGAGCAGUCACUGACCUCAAGGCCAUCCUGGAGUAUACAGUGAGUUCUCUGUCAGCCUGUGCUGCACAAUAGCACACUGGCUCAAAUAAAAUGGGGCAAAAUUAAAAGAAGGAAAGGGUAGGCUUUCAAAAUAGAGGUCCUGGUCUCUGUAUAUGCCUAUACAUUCUUUGCUCUAGGAGGGAGUUGUGGACAUAACUACAGAGAUAUACCAGAGGAGAACAGGCUGUGCGCUGCAUCACUAAGUUUGAAUAGUGUCUAGAAACAAGAAAACACAAACUGGGGCACUGUGCCAUUUUUGUUUAAGUCAGAUAUAUACCGAUCCCCUUCUCUUCUAUUUGAUGACCUUGGGUCAUAUUAAGGAAUAUAGCACAGCUUCAUUUGCCUCCUCUUAAAACACCAAGUGUAGGAGUGCCUCUGGCAUACAGCUGGAAGAGGGUUUGGGAAAUAAGCUGAUAACUAGCUGAUAUUUCUUCAUCUUGUGAACUGCCCAGCUGAAGAGCUUCAUCCUGCAUCAAAUUCCCACUGUCAGUGGCAACACCUCAUCUUUGCUUUACAUCACCUUCCUUAAUACCUUUCUGUGGUCACAGUUAAGAGGUGAGGCUGAUCACUGCACCGCAACUCUACGUGGAUCCCCCACAUGCCGAAGUAUCUUCAGAAUCCUGAGAAAAUCAGAGGCAGACCAAGAGUAGAAGCCGCAAAGAACAUGCCUACUGACACGAGUUUCUGCCAGAUGCCCCAGAGGUUAGGAGCAGAAGAGCAGAAUGGAUUGUGUGAGAGAUUGGUGUCCUUUGAGGAUGUGACUGUGGACUUCAGCCAGGAAGAGUGGCAGCACCUGGACUCCGCCCAGCGACGCCUGUACCAGGACGUGAUGCUGGAGAUCUACAGCCACCUCUUGGCAGUGGGUGAACUGCAGCUUGAUACACCACAUCAACCAGUUUUUGUGAAAGCGUCAUUUCUGAAUGAUGCACCCAGUGAAAUCCCAGGACAUGGUUCAUAUUGUACCGUUCUGGAGAGACUGUGGCAGGACGGCAGCAGUGUUGUGAAGACACAUCAGCAAAGCCAGGUCCCACCCGUCAGCCCUGGUGCUUGCCGAAACCAGAAGCCACUGAACACAGACAGUGAUGGGGACUCUGGAGAAGCUGGAGAAUCUCUUCUCUCGGGACGCCACCUCGUUUCUACAAAAUGUGCACCUCUAAGGUGUUUCUCAUUUGCAAAAAGGUUGAAACCUAACCUUGAAGCAUAUAAUGACGAUCAAAGCAAUGCCACAAAACAGGCUAGUGACGUUAUUGGAUCUCAUCAGUUUUUAACGCAAGGCUCUUCUAACUGUGUGUGUACAGUACCUCUUCAGAGAGAGAGAUCAUACAAUGACAGUCAGCUUGGAAACAGUCUUUCUCCCAAUCCACCACUUACAGAGCAUGGGAUUCCUUUCCAAGACAAAGCAGUUGAAUAUCCUGGAUGCGGGAAAGUCCUCACUGAUGAGUCGGCUUUCUGUCAACAACAAAUAACCAACAAUAUGGAGACAUCUUUCAUCUGUCACACAUGUGGGAAGACCUUUCUCCACAAGUCUCAAUUGGUCUCCCAUCCAGAAACUCAUAGAGAAGAGACACCUUAUGAAUGUCCUGACUGUGCAAAAUCCCUGAGGGGUAUGUCCAGCCUGCACGUGCACCGGGAAGUCCACACAAAGGAGAAACGGUAUGAAUGCCACGUGUGUGGGAAGUCAUUCAGCUAUACAUCCCACCUAAAGGUGCACCUUCGAACACACACUGGUGAGAAACCCUACGCAUGUUCUGAGUGUGGGAAAGCCUUCAGCCAAAAGUCAGUCCUCACCAUCCAUCAGAGAAUCCACACUGGGGAGAAGCCUUACACGUGCAGUGACUGUGGGAAAAUGUUUGUUUGUGCAUCAGAUCUGACAAAGCAUUGUCGGUUUCACACAGGGGAAAAGCCUUAUGAAUGCCCCGACUGUGGGAAAUCUUUCAGUAUUAAGUCUAACCUGCUUGCCCAUCAUCGAAUCCACACCAGUGAGGGGCCUUACAAAUGCUUUGACUGUGGGGAGUCAUUCAGGAAAAUAUCCCAACUGAAGGUACAUCAUCAGAUUCACACGGAUGGUAGAUCUUUUGUGUGUUCUGACUGUGGAAUGGCCUUCAGCCAGAAGUCAGUUCUUAUCACACAUCAGAGAAUUCACACUGGGGACAAAUGUUACCCAUGCGGUGACUGUGGGAAGUUGUUUCUUUAUGCUUCCGAUCUGAAGAAGCACUGUCGAGUCCACACAGGGGAGAAGCCUUACAAAUGCCAUGACUGUGGGAAAUCGUACAGUGUGAAAUCACAUCUCCAUGUGCACCAUCGAAUUCACACUGGUGAGAGACCUUUCAAAUGUGAUGACUGUGGAAAAUCCUUCAGAAGAAACUCUCACCUGCAAAUGCAUCAGCAGACUCACACUGGUGAGAAGCCGUACAAGUGCUCUGACUGUGGGAAGUCCUUCCGGAGAGCAUCCCACCUGAAGGUGCAUCAUCGAAUUCACACCGGGGAGAAACCUUACGUGUGUUCUGAGUGUGGGAAGGCCUUCAAUGAUAGGUCAGUUCUCAGCACACAUCAGAGAAUUCAUACUGGAGAAAAACCCUACAUAUGCAGCGACUGUGGGAAAGCCAUGUCUUCUAAAGCCAACCUCAAAGAGCAUCAACGAAUUCACACAGGCGAGAAGCCAUAUGUGUGUGCUGAAUGUGGGCGGGCCUUCAGUGAUAAGUCUUCUUUCUAUAGACACUGUAAAAUUCACAGUAAGGAUAGACCUUUUGUCCAUAACAAAGGUGAAAAGGGAUUCCUGCAGAACUCACAAGUGACCACCUAUGAGCAAACUCACAGUGCAGAGAAACUGUAGUGACACUCUGUCUAUGGGGAAUCUGCUAAAGGGGUAUCGUCAAGGUCACACAUACUCCCAUUACUGAAGCUGUGGGAUGCUAUUGGUGCACUAGCCACACCGUACUGGGAAGAGACAUUAUUCGUGUUGCGAAUGUAGAGAGUCCUUCAAAAUCAUGUAUUUCAGUAGACUCAAGUGCUCGUACAGACAGUCUUCCUCAAGACACCUGAUCAUAUAAAAGGAUUUAUUGUAGUCAGUUCCUCAUCCAUAGCCCUCAUCAAAAUAUUCUUGAUUUUCAUGAAAAAAUAUUUUAUCACAGACCUAAGUAGGACUAGGGAGAUAUCACAUUCAGUUGGUAAAUUCUUUGUCUUCUGGAUACCAGAGGCACACACAUACACACAUACAUUCCAUGGGUAACUACACACAAUACAUACACAACCCUAACUAUACAAGCCAUAGGUCAUAGUUUAAAAAGAGUACAGCUAUGCAUUGCUUGAUUAAACAUAUAAAUAAUUAUAUGUGAGAGAAGUAUUAAUGAACUUGUAGGAAGAAGCACAAAUGUUUCCUUGCAUGAAGAAAUGCUGAUUAAUGAUGUGAGGUAAACCUUCUAUAGGUAAUGGUACAAAGUUUCUAGACCACAGGAAAGUUUGUUGGAAAUUACAUCAAUGGUUUCUCUGUUUAUUGUGGGAUACCAUUUUUUUUUUUCAGACAGGGUCACACUAUGUACUUCAGGCUGUCCUGGAACUCACUCUACAGACUAACUCACUGAGAUCCGCCUACCUCUGCCGCACAAGUACUGGGAUUAAAAGUGUGCACUACUACACCUGGAUGGAUAAUAAUAUUUUUAAAUGUCAAAAACAUUUUUCAUCUGUGUCUAGGAAGGAUACGGAUCCUGGACUUGUCCAUAGCAUGGUGGCUGGCAGACAAAGUGACCACUUUUGACUUCCAAGGCCUUUCAGUGGAUUCUCACAACCAUGUCCAGUCUCAGGGACCUGGAGACCAUCACCUUCAGGGUGCUAAGAGAUACAAGAUCUCAGAAUGUUCAUGAGCCCAUGCUAGCGCCUCCCCAGUGCUGGUGUGAGUGAUGCUCCUCCGUAACUUCGAUUCUUCCAGAACCUCGGGGUGUGGCCUUGUGGGCAUGGCUUCUUUGUAGAGGUAACUUAGGUGCAGACAUACGUGGCCAGACUUGGUCCUAAAUCUGAUGAGUAUCAUUCUUUGAGAAAGUCAUGAAGACUCAAGAAUUUUGAAAGAUGGGACUAUGGAGGCAGCGGUUUUGGUGACCUAUCUCCAAGCCAUGGGAUUGUCAGCAACAGAAGCUAGAAAAACUUUCUUGGGAGUUUCUAAAAUUAGCCAUCCCUUGGCCAGUGCCUUGAUUUCCAAAUUCAGGUCUCAAACAUGGUGAGAAAAUCAGUUCCUGUUGUUUUGCCACCUAUUCUAAAACAAUCUAGGAAAAUCAAAGUUGUGUAGAAAGCUCUGGGAGGCCCACAUAUACUCAAGGCCUGCCUUCCUGACUGCCUGUCCACCAGAUACAUUUCUGUCUGUCUUUCAAAGCAGGGUUUCUCUCUGUAAUGGCCCUAGCUGUCCUAGAACUCACUCUGUAGACUGGUCCGACCUCGAACUCCCAGAGAUCCGCCUGCCUCUGCCUCCCAAGUGCUGGGAUUAAAGGCGUGCGCCAUCGCCACCCAGUUUUUUCUUUAGUCAUUUCUUUUACGGUUCCUGAAUUUCCUGUGCCUCUUUGUCCUCACUCUGGUUCCCAUGUUUUUAACUCCUUUCACUAAGCUUAUCCAAUGUUACUAUCUUCCUAUGGAACUCUUAACCUACCAGAUGUCUAUUCUUUAUGGUUAUCAAACCACCUGUGUCCCUCAUUAUCUCACUGAGGCCCUCUAGACAUGAAUAUUUCUUAUUAUGUUAAA